GUGUUGGUGAUCAGAAGUCGCCGCCCCGAGGCCACAGAGACUUUGAUCUCGGAUCACUGGUGUGCUACCUUGACGUGCAUCCUGGAGCUCAGCCUUUACGGCCUUUAUCUGCAGAGCCCGCCCGCCAAGCAUGGUGCCCUGUUGGUGGACACGACAGGAUCCAAGGCUGAUGCAGACCUGCAGGAGAGGAUCAAACAAGAGAUGAGGCAAGAGUGGGCCUUGGUUCUGGAGAUGGAGGAUGAUGUGGCCUCUCGGGAGAUCCUCUACAAGACGUGUCCAUGGGUGGGCUACAUGUGCUUUCGCGAGGUCCCGACGUUUUUGUCAGAAAAGGGCUGGAAACUUGAUGCUGCAGGGCGAGAGCUCUUGGAAGCCUGGCAUCCGACAACUGGAAUGUCCGCGAAUGUCGAAGACAUUUUUGCCAGCAUUCAAGACAGCGAUGAUCUGGACAUGGACCAAAUCCUCAAGCCCUUCGAAUCCACCACGCCCUUCAACCAUUGCAAGAGCCAGCUGAAUUGGUUCAAUGGUUUCCUGGAAGCCAAAAGGCUGGGCAAGAACAUCGUGGAGGCCCUUGCUUUGAGGGAGCUUGACAUCGUUUUCGAGGGCAGUUUGCCGAAGCGGACCGUGGAUGAGACCAGAGUUUGGGCCGGCGAGGCCGCCACCACUGAGUGGUCCGAUGGUCUUAAAGACGGCGAGAGUGUCAAGGUCUUGUCCCUCGUCAGUGGCACGAAGCCCGUCGGCAAGAAACCGGUCAAGAAGAUGCUGCUGGAUGUGGGCGAGGCUGAAGUCUUCGACUACACGCUUCACUGGGCGACCGGCCCGCUGGUGACCAAAGUGGGCUUCGCAUGCUUUCUCCGCAGAAGCAUGAAGGGGGUGUCGGUUCUGGUUUUCCUCAUCAAGACCGCAGCGAUCGUGAAGCUCACCUCCGACAACUUGUCCUGCUUGCUGCAGCGAUAUGGUGUGGCGACUCGCAAGAACUGCACGAAAUCUUUUAAGAUCCGGCAGUUGAUGAAGCUGCAGGAAGUGACUGAAGCCUGCACAGCACAGCAGCUGGAGGCCUUGGAGAAGAUGCUCACUGAAAUGGAUGCCAAGCGAAGAAAGGACAGGACGACUCCCGAGAAGGAUGAUGGAAGCGACCAGGAGGUCCCAGACGAGAACUUCGGCGACAUGGAUGAUCCGGCCGUGGACUUUGCCCAGCAAAUGCUCCGGGAGAUCGAGGAUGAGGAGGAAGACGAGCCGGAGGAGGCCGCUGGGGCGGCUGGCAGCGACCAGGUCGAAGGAGAGCGGCUGCGAGACAGCAGAAGGGCACUGGCCUCUUGCAAUGCUGUUCCUGGAUGGCUCUCCGAAAAGUAUGCGAUGCCGAGCGACUGCACUGUGAUCCACGUCGUGCACACGGGGCGAACUCUGCCACACUUUCAGAUUCGCCUCGGCGGCGGCAG